AGACAUACUGCUUCACACGACGACACCGUAAGACAAUCACGAACGACAAUUUUGUUGUUUUGCCCUAUUUAUUUAGCGAGCUUAAGAUGCACCAAAUCUACGCGUCGGACGUGAAGAAAAACUGUAACUAUUCUCACAGUUUCACUAGAGGGAUAAAACUUAUGGCCUCCAGUUGGUAAACAAAGUCAGAGACACAAGUGAAGCAAAAUAAAACUGGAUUCCAAACAUUAGCAACGGUUUUUAUGUCACGUCCGCCGCGGUCCGCGUCGUAGAUUUGCUGCAUCUUAAGCUCGCUCUUAGAUCCCUACCUUGCCUUGCUCGACUACAGAAAUACUCCUAUCCCAAGUUUCCAGAAAGAUAAAACUCUGACAAUGGGGUUACUAAAUUUUACAAUGAAGAUAAAAGAUUGAAUUAUUAAAAUGUUAUGCCCCCACUUUAGGCAGUGAAACGCAAUAACUGACCGAAUAUGAGAGUUUUGACACAAUACGCAACGGAGUGACGUCAUCAAUAUGAAAAAAAAUAAAUUAAACGCUAUGGCGUCAUGCCAGUGACGUCUAAUACUUAGGCCUGUUUUGCACGUCGCACUAUCGUUGAAUUUAUAAUUCAUACGAAUUUAAUUAAUUGAACGAAUUAAAUGCCACGGUAGUGUAUCGUAUGAAGUCCAAGAUGUUGUAUCCGUCAUGGUCAGACGGAUACAACGUCUGUAGCGCGUCAUGCGACGUCUUAUAUCGUCGUGUCUUUCUGGGGCCGUGGUAUAAAAACGUGAUUAAAGUUAACUAUAGUUAGUGGAAACGUCAACCAAUAAGAAGCGCGUAUUUGAGAGUUAAUCACUAUUUAACUACACGAUUAAAAAAGUGAUUAGAGAGGUUAAGAUACCCCGGUUUCGGUGUACGGGUACGAGUAGUGUCAUCUUGUUUCACUGAUGUCUGUAAUUCGAUCAUACUUUUUCCGUUUUCUUGCACCUUAAUUACGAGUAAAGGUACAGACAUCGACGAAAAUAUUUCUAACUAAAAUCAUGCUACCUGUACACGUACACCGAAACCGGGAUAUCUUAACCUCUCUAAUAAGAGUUUUAUACAACUGGCCCCUGAUCGCGUGGUUUUUAUUUCUGGGUCAUCUAUGAUCGCUGAACAUGAAAUGAAUUCGUCUGAAUUAAAUCCGACGUAUAGGCCUGAUUCCACGACGGCGAAAUUCUUUGCGAGAAAUUGUGUCUGUGCGAAAUGCGGAUGGUUGCACAUGAGCGAUUCUGUUGAUGUUUGUGAUGUUACUCUGAGUAUGCAUCCACACCGGGCAAGCUGAAAAGUUUGCUUGGCCACGGUGGGAAUCGAACCCGCGACCUUUGGGAUACUAGUCCAAUGCUCUGCCAACUGAGCUACGUGGUCACGUCGGUUCGAGUUGUUGAUAUUUCGGAACUGAAUGUAGUUCCUUCGAUAUCAGUGUAAUCUAUGAUAUGAUUUUUUUGUGUGUUGGUGUUAUGUACUCAGAUGAACAUGAUGUUUGUGAUGUUACUAGUCCAAUGCUCUGCCAACUGAGCUACGUGUUAGCUACGAGCUACGUGCUGAGCUACGUUGAAUUCGGCCACUUUAUUCGCUUCCGCAGUGAGUAGAACUGACUUCAUGGAAUUGUGACCCACAUAACUCCCUCUCGGCAAAUUCAAUGCCUGACCGAACUGGAGUUUUGACGUAAAAUAUUCGAAGAAGUGACGUCAUAACGUCAAUAUGACAAAUGAAUGUAAACGCUAUGGCGUCAUGCUAGUGACGUCAAAAAACACUGCCACUUACAUAUAUAUAGCCAGAAAAAAAGCCUCUUGUUUAUUUUCAAAGCCUCAAACCAACAUUUCCUAUUAUUACAAAACCACAGUAUACAGUGAUACGAUACAUAGCCACCAUUGUGUUAGCUACAGACGAACAUGGACGAACUGUUCCAAACUGCUCCAGAAACACCAGAACGCGUACCAGCCGACGUUCAAGGCACCAUACCAGACUGGAUCAACGGUACUCUACUCCGAAAUGCUCCGGCGAAAUUCGAAUUUGGCCAGCACGCUUACAAACACUGGUUUGAUGGCCAGGCUCUCCUACACUCUUUUACCAUAGAAAAAGGCGAAGUGAGUUAUCACAGCAAGUAUUUGGAAACAAAAGCUUUCACUAGAGGCAACGAGCAAAAGAGAAUCGUUUAUGCGGAAUUCGGCACAGCAGAGGUUCCAGACCCGUGUAAAAAUAUAUUUGCUCGAUUUUUUUCCUACUUUUGGCCAUCCAAACUGUUCAAAAGAUCAGAUAAUACAUCAGUGAGUGUUUUUUCCAUGAAAGGGAAGAUCUUCGCGAACGGUGAUUCGCCGUUUAUGAACGAGAUAGAUCCAGAUACGUUGCAAGUUCUUGGUGUCGCUAAUACAACAACUGAUAUCGUGAUUGAAUGUAAGUAUUACAGCUGUGUCUAGACUUGUGUCCUAUAGAAAUGGUAGUCUGUAUUUUUUGUUAUUGUUGUCAUGCUAUUUUUGUAUAACCAUUUCUAAUGAUUACCCUGGUUUCAGAAGCUCUUUAAAGAACGGCGAGGCAAAGGAAUGGCAAAACAAAAGAAACGCGAGGCGAAAGAGCCCAGACGACUGCAUUUCGUUCACUUUGUUUUGGCGUGAGGUCGAGCGUGAGAUUACGUGCUUCACCGCUAGCUACCGCUUGCGCAAGGCCCGCAAGGCUAUCAUAAGAUCCCUAUUCUCGUGCUGGUAACAGCAUUAUUAAAUGUACAUUUUGAGGCAAUAAUAAGCUAUUGUACAUGUUUAUUUUCCAAACCGGUUUGACAUAUGUUUAUAUGUAGUUGAUCUGCAUCUAAGGCUGAAAUUAAAGGGCUUGUAUUCAGUUACGGAAAUUUGUCAGUAGUGACAGUACGUUCUCGUAUUUAUUUAAUUAAAACUCUAAAAUCUGAUUGGUUGGAUCAUUGAGGAUAUGCUAAUAGCCACCAAAGCUGACCAUAUGCAAAUGAUUAUUUGUUAUGAGGGACCAAAAGCAAAUAUCGUUCACAUGCAUGUCGCAUGGAAUUAAAUAUCACAAAAUCAUUAGCAUAUUCAGUAUUAGCAGAAGGAAACUAAAACAACUGAGUACUGUCGACGUUUUAGUGUUUCCCCCCGGGUUGGCAUUCAAAAAUUUUCCGUUGAACAUGGUCUGUUUGUGUAUGUACUUUCAAAUAUUGCAAUUCACAGAACUCAAAACUUAAAUCUUGUCAGUCUAGACACCUAUGCAUGGCUAUGCUGUACCUGUGGCCUAACUCAUACUACCUACUAUCAAUUUUGUCGGCGAUUUUCUCCUCUUAACAAAUGCGAAUGAGUAAACUCGCAAGCCAAAAGUAUGGAAUCGCGUUUUGGACCAAUAAAUUUCUAAGUCUCUUGCAUGUCAGUCACAUCCGCCAGGAGGCGAAAAAUCGCCGACGAAAUUGCUAGUGUGAACCAGGCUUAAAUAGAGUCGCGUAAAAAUAGAGUCACGAUCUUUCUCAACGGACAGUUUAUAAUAGUUUAUACCUGUAAACCACAUAUAAAUCACAAGUAUUCUCUCGUUGUAAUCACUCCACGUAUUUUCAGUUCUAAAAUGUUGCAUUUCGGCUGAUGAGAAAGAUCGUGACUCAAUCUUUAAGCCUGCAGCACACGAGAGCUAUCUGCUGAGCAAAAAGUUACUCGUGCCUGUUAGCUCAGCCGAUAGCUCACCGUGUGCGGGUACAUUUUACUGAGUUUUAUGCCUCAUGCAACCUGUUCUCGCGUAUCAAACAUGUUUGAUCGGUGUCAAAUUUUUCUUUUUGGUCAAAAAUACUUCAUGACACCCCCCCCCCCUUUUUUUGCCAGCCCACCCCCAGUCAUAAAUAAUGAAUGGUCCCUUAUGGUUUAGGUUUAAUACACGCUUCCGGGAAGUACGUUACUUUGGCUAUAGAGCCUCGUUUUCGUAAUUGAGACAUUGGGCUUUAACUAAUAGCCAAAGUGACGACGUGACGUACAUUCUGGAAGGGUGCUAUCGAGGUGGCUCCCCACAAUUUUUCAAAUAUGGAAAAUGUAUUACUUAGAUGAAACUUUGUGACAAAUUAUUACUUGAUGUUUGUGAUGUUACCCUGAGUGUAUAUCCAACCGGGCGAGCUUGAAAAAUAUGCCUGGCCACGGUGGGAAUCGAACCUACGACCUUUGGAAUACUAGCCCAAUGCUCUGCCAACUGAGCUACGCGGUCAGGUCGGUUCGAGUAUGUGGUAUUUUGGAACCGAGUCUAGUUCCUUCGAUAUCAACCUAAUGCAAUCUAGAAAUCAUGAUUUUUUUCUGUGUUGGUUAGUAAACAAAAAUUGUGUGACUUAAUUGUAUAGGACAACGUUCUAUGGAAAUAGUUGACAAAAAUGAUAUCACUGCCAUUGCUGUUUCAACUGAUGGCCGAGAUUUUGAUUUUCAACUGCUCUGCGAGGCUGAAUUCUGAAUUCUUCUGAGCUAACAGUAAUCCUUUCUGUCUCCACAGCUGCCAGGUUAGUAUACGCCUGUGCUCACCCACACGAAGAGACCGACGGUAACAUUUACCACAUGAUGACAUCAGUUGGCCUACAACCCUGUUAUAACAUCGUGCAAGUACCCCCCACCGAACAAGCAAAUCAGAUCGAGACUGAAACCCCACUGGAAGGGGCCAAAAUCAUCGCCACCAUCAAACCCCACAAGAGCACAACUUACCACCAUAGUUUUGGAAUAACCCCCAACUAUUUCAUCUUUGUUGAGAAUCCGUUCAGUAUCAGCACUUAUGAAGUGUUAAGAAUGAGAUUUGAUCAAAGCUGUUUCCACAAUUGCAUGCACUGGGAUCCGAGUGAGCUUUCCAGGUACAUGCUAUUUUUGCGAUGUGAAUGACAAUGUAGGUGAGUUGUGUGCUUGAUUUACACAGUACAACUUAAGUCGUAAACAGGUUCAAUGCGUCAGUUUUAGACAAAAGUUGUGCAGUGUAAAUCAGCCUUAUAUCAAGCACACAAUUAACAUGUCCUUGAUUUACACAGUACAACUUGUUACAAGUUGUAAGCAAGUUGCAUGCAACAGUUUUAGGAAAAUGUUGUGUAGUGUAAAUCGGCCUUCAAAGAUAAUUACAAAGUUUAUAUUGCAUGUUUAUAUUAGAUUUUAUUUGGUCGAGCGAAAAUCUGGCGAAUGCGUAGGAAGUUACGAGGCGUAUAGUUUCUUUUCGUUUCAUCACGUGAACGCAUAUGAGGAUAAUGAUGGUCAAGUGGUAGCAGAUUUGUGCUGUUAUCCCGAUGCGUCCAUCAUGGAUCUGUUUUACCUCCAUCAUCUACGUAAUUCCAAGAUAGACAAGGUAAUUUAUUUUUUAAGUAAAUCGUUGAUUUCAGUUAUAAUAACACAACUUUAUCUAUUAGCAUUUUUUCAGGGCUUUUAUAAGACUUUUAACCCAGUUUGGUCAUUCCUACCCCCUUCAGAUGCACCUAAUACACUUAAUUACUAUUGCCAGAAACAAUUUUUUCUCCCCUCCCCGGGCGGCAGAAAUUUCCAGUGUGGGGGGGGGGGUGUGGAGCUUUUCUGGAACGACCCACUGAGCGCCAGGGCUCUCUGGACUUCUAAGGUCCAUUUCUAUCUACAAAAGCCCUUCAACAUCGUGUAAUUGUAAAUAGUACCUAUACUCUAAACUCCAACGAUUCCAUCAUACGUGUUUAAUUUAGGUUACUGAAAAUUUUGCUAACGCAGAAGUAAGACGUUACCGCUUACCUAUACCUGGGAAAGCCGUUUCCCGUUCCCACUCCCCCCGGUUACCAUAUGAAAUCCUUGGCAGUGAUCUUGAGAUGCCUGGUAUCAACUAUCGUUUCAACGGCCAGCAAUACAGAUACAUCUAUGGCACAGGUUGAAGUAUUGUUGAUAUUUACCAAUAGACCUUAGAAGUGCUUACGUCACGCAAUUUUGAAAUGCAUAGCCAUAGGACUUCUAGAAUACACGGUGCAUUGUGGCAGGGUUCGUAGCGGUCUUUGUAAUCAUUGGAAGUCUUUAAAUUUGAAUUCAGGUCUUUAAGGUCUUUGAAAAGUCUUUGAAUUGUGUGGAAAAGCGAAGAAAAUCUUUAAAAGUCUUUAAAUUCUUUAGUGAGUAUUUGAUUAUACGAUUUCCUAGCUAAUAAAAUAGAUUGUAAGAUUGAAGCAAGAUUCUCGCAAAUAUCGACGAAAAGGUGCAUUUUAGGAUGUGAUUUGAAGGGACUAAUUACUGGGUAAAAGUGGUGCUUACACUCGCAAUUUUUCGACAGCUGAUUGCUCUCAAAGGUAUUUGAAAAGUCUUUCGGAGUAGGCAGAAAAGAUCUUUGAAAGUCUUUGAUUUUUUUGGCCUUGGAGACUACGAACCCAGCUGUGUGGGAUACUCGUGGGUCAAUAAUUCAUUGUUUGAAAAGUACGCGACGCUUAUAAGCACUUCUAAGAUCCAUUAACAAUAUUAAUACCUUUGUGACUUCACGACAACUAGGUAUAUAUCAGACAUGUUUUCGCAUGUUACUCUGGUUUUAGUAAAUGAAUGCAAAGACCAGUCAGGACCUAACGUUUCGACACUCCAAUCUAGUGUCUUGUUGCCCUGAUGAAGACACUAACUGGAGUGUCGAAAUGAAUGCAGUUUGGCUGGGCAGGGCAGCGAGCGAAAACAUUAAUAUUAAUACCAUUAGCCGUUUGCACAACGUUCCAGUGAUCGGGAUGUUCCAUUCUCUUUUCAUUGUCUUGAAAAUCCCACUGUUCUCCAUACCAUUCAGUCAACUCACUGUUAUCUAGAAGAGCUCAUUUUUGAAGUUUGAGGAUUUUAUUGAUACGUAUAUCUUUGCUAGGUCCCUAUGAACACGGCCAUUUCCUUGACCAGCUUGCGAAGUUAGACACGGUCUCGAAAGUGAAAAAGACCUGGUACGAACCUGGAUGCUUCCCGUCCGAGCCGGUGUUUAUAGAAAGACCUGGGGCCAAGGAUGAAGACGAUGGCGUCGUCCUAUCUGGUGUCGUCGGCACGGGUGGUCAGCGAUCUUUCUUACUCGUUUUGGAUGCAGCAAAUUUUACGGAGUUGGCUAGAGCAAUCAUUCCAAGCCACCUGCCACAGUCGUCACAUGGGUGUUUUAUUCCGAAUCUCAGUUCUAGGUUACAGGCGAAGAAACCUGAACCAAAUUAUAAAUAAAUAAAAGGUUAAGAGACUAACAUGAAAAACCACAGAUCUGUUUCGAGAAGAUCUCCAGAUCCUUUCUCAUCAGGUACAUAAAAACAUAUCCCAAAUUCUCUUAAUAAAUACUGUUCGUUUAUUAUACUAAUCGUUAAUUUACGCAUUUAUUAGUACAUACUCAUUUGCAUGCCGGAAUGCACUAGCGAGCUCGUUUCUUUUAUUGGCCCGCUACCUCCACAAAAAUAUAAUCUACAGGCAUGCUACUCAUGCUCAAGUACGCGGCACUAAUCACUGGAGUACCAAUGUGGUACAGCUGAAAGUCUUGAAUUAUUGUACCGGGUCUAUUAAUUCAAAAAUAGCUCAAAUCAUUAAAAAUAUGCAACCACG